UAUUUUUGAAAACUUCCCGGAAGUUGCCACGAGUGACGCAGACUGACGCAGGUCAAAGCAUCACAACAUUCAGCUGCUGCUUUGUCCCGAAGUCGGAAAGCGUCGCACCGUUUUCGACGAAGUGUGUAUGAAACCAGGCAAUGUCCACCAUGGUUUAUCCUCAUGAAGAAGCUCUGGAGCGACUGAGCCAGGAUGAGAUCGUCCUCAACACCAAAGCAGUCAUGCAGGGCCUGGAGACGCUGCGCAGUGAGCACACCCAGCUCCUGAACUCGCUGCUGGACUGCUCUCAGCCGCCUGUUGCCCAGGAGAAGUCCGGCUUGCUCCGGAAGAGUUUGGAAGACAUCGAGCUGGGUUUAGGAGAGGCACAAGUCAUCAUCGCCCUCUCAGGCCACCUGAGUGCAGUGGAGUCCGAGAAGCAGAAGCUGCGAGCUCAGGUGCGCCGCCUCUGCCAGGAGAACCAGUGGCUGCGGGACGAGCUUGCAGCAACGCAGCACAAACUGCACUGCAGCGAGCAGAGUGUGGCACAGCUGGAGGAGGAGAAGAAACACCUGGAGUUCAUGAACCAGAUCAAAAAGUUUGACGACGACGCCUCUCCAGCAGAGGAGAAAAACCAGAGCUGCGGAGACGGAGCGGGGGCUGGAGAAGCUUCAAAGGACAGUCUGGACGACCUGUUUCCCAAUGAUGACGACCAGGGACCAGCUCAGCCCAGUGGGGAUGUGGCGGCCCAACACGCGGGCUACGAGAUCCCAGUGCGCCUCAGGACGCUGCACAACCUGGUGAUUCAGUACGCCUCUCAGGGCCGCUACGAGGUCGCUGUGCCGCUUUGCAAGCAAGCCCUGGAGGACCUGGAAAAGUCGUCUGGACACGACCACCCUGACGUGGCUACCAUGCUGAACAUCCUGGCUUUGGUGUACAGGGACCAAAACAAAUAUAAAGAAGCUGCUCACCUUCUGAAUGAUGCCCUGGCCAUCAGAGAGAAGACUCUAGGAAAAGACCACCCAGCUGUGGCUGCAACCCUCAACAACCUGGCUGUGUUGUAUGGCAAAAGGGGCAAAUAUAAGGAGGCGGAACCCCUUUGCAAGAGGGCGCUGGAGAUCAGAGUAAAAGUGCUGGGGAAGUUGCACCCAGAUGUGGCCAAGCAGCUAAACAACCUGGCCUUGCUGUGUCAGAACCAGGGCAAGUACGAUGAGGUGGAGUACUACUACACUCAAGCUCUGGAGAUCUACGUGUCCCAGCUGGGACCCGACGAUCCAAAUGUUGCCAAAACCAAAAAUAACCUGGCGACGUGCUACCUGAAGCAGGGUAAAUUUAAAGAUGCAGAAGUCCUUUAUAAGGAAAUCCUGACCAGAGCGCAUGAGAAGGAGUUUGGAUCUGUAAAUAAUGACAACAAACCAAUCUGGAUGCACGCAGAGGAGAGGGAAGAAAGCAAGGGUCUCCGCAAGGACUCAGGUCCGUAUGUCGAGUAUGGGAGCUGGUAUAAAGCCUGCAAGGUAGACAGUCCAACAGUGAACACAACCCUCAAAAGCCUCGCAGCGUUGUACCGUCGUCAGGGCAAACUGGAGGCAGCGGAAACUCUGGAGGAGUGUGCCAGCAGGUCACGCAAGCAGGGCAUUGAUGCCAUCAACCAGAGUAAAGUGGUGGAGCUGCUCAAAGAUGGAGUGGGUGGAGGGAGUGACAGACGACACAGCCGGGAUGGCGUUGGUGGGUUGGUGGGACAGCGGAGGGAUGGAGAGGGUGACGACUCUGCUGAGUGGAACGGGGAAGGUAACGGCUCUCUGCGCCGCAGUGGCUCAUUUGGGAAGAUCCGCGACGCCCUGAGAAGAAGCAGUGAAAUGCUAGUGAAGAAGCUGCAGGGCAGCGGACCCCAAGAACCCCGAAACCCAGGAAUGAAGAGAGCCAGCUCGCUGAAUUUCCUCAACAAGAGUGCUGAAGAAACCACACAGGAUGUCAACUCCGGCCUCUCGGACCGCCGGGAAUUCAGCGCAAGCAAUGUGGACCUCACCAGACGCAGCUCUCUGAUUGGCUAGAGAGGUGGGAGGCAAGUGCACCAAUGAAGAGGGACCAUUUGCACGUCAGCUCAGUCAUUCACCACAGCAGCAUAUGUUAACUGUUUUCUUUAAAACAAAAGAAAGAAUAUUAGCACACUUAUGUCAUGUUGCUUUGUCAUGCAAACGUCUGCCAUCAGUCUGUACUAUUAGGAUUCUCACACUUAUAAGCAUGCUGCUUCCUACAAAGUGGAAUGUCUGUGCCACACCCAAACGCCUCGCCAUCUCAAAUCAGCACCAAAGGAAUUGUUUAGGGGAGCUUCUUUGGUGGGCUCAAAGUGCGCCACCGUCAGUUCAGACAGACGCACUGCACUUUAUGUAUUUCACACAGAACAUGAUUUUUCUGCUGAAAGAAAGAAUCCAAGAACGCACACCACCGAUGGAUGCAAACAAGGUACGACCUGGCCGGUGGGAAAAGAUUUAUCUGGAAUUAAAAGAAAGAUUAACUGAAACCAUUUCAACCUCACCCUUUUGCCUUUUUUGUUUUUAAUGUACAAACUGUUUUAAUGUAAGUCUCUGUAUGUUUUGUGCACUUUUAUUGUUGUUCAUUUUUUCUUUUGUGGACAUCACAUCAGGCGAAAGAGCCUCCUAACUGGAAAAUCCACACUUAUCUGAACAGGGUAGACUGAAAAUGAAAAACGAGAUAGAUUUAAAAUAACAUGGGGGUUAGUUGUAUUUGAGUAGUAAUGGAGUCUAAAGUGUAUUUAUGCUCUUUGAAUAUGUGUCCGUGUUUUUUGUAUGGCAGCUGGAGCACUCAUUUGUAAAGGUUUAAAUCUGAACUCCGCUGCAGAGGAACAUGGGAUCUUACUUUAAACAUGUGAUUUGCAAUCAUUCCAGCAGGAUAAUCAUGGCCUUCAAACGGGCAGUGAUUCCACAUUUAACACUUAGUUUUUCUUUAUUCUGUUUUGUAGUAAACGUAAUAUAAAAAUAAAUUGUAUUAUUUCUUUUUUAAUCAAUGAUGCAAGAGGAGCUCGGUGUCAAUCAAACCCUUCAAAAUCUGGCCCAUUAUCCUCAAACACAUUCAUUGUGUUGCUGUUUCCUGUUUUGGCUCUGAGCUUUUAUUUUGAAGGUUCCCAAGAACUGCUGAAUGUUACUUUGAUGUUGUUUACACUUUGAUUGUGUUCUUGAUGCAGGAGAGAAACACCUAUCAAACACGAGUGCUUAUAAACAAACAAGCAAAUGCGAAUGCUGUGUGAAUGUAAAGGUUAUCCUAAACUAAAAUAAUCUGGUGCAGUGACAUCACACUUAUCCUCCAGUUCUUAUAAUGCAAAAAAUAUAUAUAAUCUUGAGUAUUCUUAAAUGAGAGCUUUUCUCUUAGAUGUUAUCACUAGUGAUUUAAGAAACUCCAAACCCUGAGUUUCUCUCUAAAUAAUCAGCUCCAGAUUGUUCUGCUUUGCUGCUCUUCAUUUGGAGGGGAACACCAAAGGAAGUGGUUAAUGAAGGUGUUUGAAAUGUCAUGAGGGGAAAGUGCUUUACAAUUUCACAGCAAAUAUUGUAAAGACUCACAUUUUGUAGGUGGAGGACUGGACUGGAGGAUGACGGAAAAUGCUGAUCACAUUGGUGUCAACACUAAAAAGUCUCUGACACUCUGGCCUGCAGCCUUGGUCAUUUUGAGCACUCAAAGAAAUAGUCCAGAAUUUUGUUUUUCUUAGAAAAGACUGGUGUAAAUAUUUCUCUUCAGUGACUGUUGCUGAAAGAAACUGUUCCAAAGCUUUAGUUUGUUUCCUUUUAUGUGCUUUUAGUCUUGAUAUUUAUGCUGUCAGAUGACAUUUCCCUGGCAGAUUUGUAGGCAUGAAGGUCGCUUUCGUGUGGAAGAACUCUAUAAAAAAUGGUAAUCUAACCUGUAUUUUACUCUGUGUCCAAUAAAGAUAAAUUCCACUUUUUAAACGUC